AUGCCUUUCACAUUCUGCUGCCCGUCUCCCUUCCCCUUGCUACAACCCUCUUCACUUAUCGUCGCCGCUGCCGCCGUGCUUGUUGUUGUCGUUGUCGUUGUCGUCGUCGUCGUUGAUCAACGUCCUCAUCAUCGUCGUCGCAAAACGAACGUCACUGCCCUGCCUGCCCCGCGGGCUCAGCCAAAGUUCCCUCCCUCAGCGUGCUGCGCCCCAGCUCUGCGUCGCUUGCGCGCGUUGCCGCUUCGGUCCCCUGUCACCAACGACCGUCGGAAUCACCACCUUGCGACACCGUCGCCGAGAGAUAGAGACAACUCUUUGAGAGCAAAGCGUCUUCUCCCCGCACAGGUCACCCGCCGAACAGGACGGUUUCUCUCACGCUACAACCUGAGCUUCAUCCUUUUGUCAGCAACAUCUUUUCUAGUAUCUUCACCUUCCAGGAGCUGGAGACGAAGACGAAGACGAAGCUCUACUACGUCGGAAUCUGGUUCCGCUGCACUUGACAGACAAUCGGUCGUCCACAAUUACGCCAUACUUGACAGACGCCGGCAGCGUUACACAAGCAACCUCACCUCACUCUCUUCUCCUCGAUACCAGACAGUCAAACUUGGAUCAGACUCGGACGACUUGCCAGUGUGCCUACCUUGCCUACUACCAUUCCUCGCCGUGGCCAGGUCCCCGGUGGUCCCCAAUUAUCCAGCCGGUACGUAUCCUCUGCGACGUUCUUCAACUUUGCUCUACACAUCCCUUCCCCAACCCUUGUUCUUCUUGAUAUCCUUAGUCUUUCGUGGUGGUGGUGUGCCUUCACAGCCACCAAGCGGCGGCGGCGACGGCGUCCAGACACCACCAUCAGACACAACCACAACCCUUUCAUCCUUCAUAACAUGGGCUAGCCCCCCGUCACGACGCAUGCCAGAGAUCCCCCAAAGGAAGUUGAAUCGAACUCUGAUCCGCUUCUUCGAGGCUUCUUUUGGCCGCUCGCGGUCGCGACUCUCUGCCCAUCCCGAUUAA